AUGACCAUUCUCCACAAUCCCGGUCUUCCACGUGUUCUCAAUCGCAUCACUCCACAGCGGCUUGAGCUAACGCUCAUGCUGAUAAAGGAGCGGAAAAAGAAACUGCGGUACCUUGGAAGUUACCUUCAGCACUACAACGAUCGCACGUUUCUCUACAAUGCCAUGGGUGGCCUCAACGGCACGAAGUUUAUCAUUGAGAGGCACCACCACCGUGCACAGUACUGUCAUCCAACACUUCACAAUGAGCGGUAUUCUGUUCGCACCAUAAAGAUGAAGGGUGCUCAGUUUGAUCAAGUAGGGAACUUUACCCGCAACACAUGGGAUUGCUCUGUGGCGACGACAAAUUUGUUCCAGGACGCCACAUUUCGCCGUCACCUCAGUGCCAUUCAUAAGGACGAGGCGAUUGCGCUGCUGGAAGGAUGGGGUGUGAAGUAUGUCCUGCUCGACGAGGUUCGCAAGCCGUCUGUUCAGGACAGUAUUUAUGUUCGGCAUAACCUCUACAUCCACAAGUUUCCACAUAUCCCCGAUCCGGUCACUAAUGUGUAUCACGGUGAUGCCGAUUGGAAGUGGAAGGGAGAUGAAAAGAUUGAUUAUACCUCAUACGGAGCGUCGACCAAAGAUGAACGCAACACAUUUCAGAGUCUGUGGUCAGCAGCUGUUAGAGAGUCCAAAGAUUCAGGUGUAGCGAAGACGGUGCAGGCAGGGAAAAAGUUGUAG